AUGGACCAGAUGAUGGGUGACGGGGGCCGAUUCCCCCUUGAGACGUGGUUCUGGGAAAUGCCCAUUUGCACCAGAUGGUGGACGACUGCUACCGUUCUGACUAGCGCUCUCGUACAAUGUCAAAUGGUCACUCCCUUUCAGUUGUUUUACAGCUUUCGCGCUGUCUUCGCCAAAUCCCAGUACUGGCGUCUUCUUACUACGUUCCUCUACUUCGGCCCAUUCUCGCUCGAUCUGCUAUUCCAUGUCUACUUCCUUCAGCGCUACGCGCGGUUACUCGAAGAGUCCUCUGGCCGCUCCCCAGCACACUUUUCCUGGUUGCUCGUUUAUUCCAUGGCGAGUCUUCUUCUCUUGUCGCCAAUGGUCUCGAUGCCGUUCUUGGGCCACCCACUCUCUUCAACUCUCGUUUAUAUUUGGUCGCGGCGUAACCCGGAUACGAGAUUGAGCUUUCUUGGACUGCUGGUCUUCACAGCCCCCUACCUACCGUGGGUUCUGAUGGCCUUCAGUCUUAUCCUCCAUGGCUCUAUUCCCAAGGAUGAAAUUAUGGGCGUGGUGAUCGGUCACAUCUGGUACUUCUUUACUGAUGUAUACCCGCCUUUGCACAAUGGGUCGCGUCCAUUCGACCCUCCAAGCUGGUGGAGGAGGCUGUUUGAGAGACGUCAGGUGGAGGAAACAGCUGAUGGCAUCAACAAUGAGAUUGCCAUUGCCGGAGGGCCAGAGCUUGCUGCUGACGUUCGAUGA